GCAGUCCAAAUGCGCGUGAACGGAGAGUUCGCUUUUCUUGUCUGCGCUGCCUCACUAUUUUAUUUUAAAGCUAAGGACAAAGGAGACGUGUAAGAGAUUUAUUUCAAAGCACUCCUUUCAUUUCAAAACCAAAACCAAAACCAAAACCCUGCCAUGAAGAAGCUCUCCAGGCAAGGCAAAGUGCACCCAUCCAAGCCUGCCACCGCCGACCUCUUGGCCCUUCUUCCAGCAACAAUCCUGUCGCUAACGGCGGUUCUCUCACCGGAAGACAAGGCAGUUCUGGCUUACCUCAUCUCGUGCUAUAACUCCUCAGCCAAUUUCUCCCGCCCCCGGAAAAAUACCCAGAAGAUGAGUAAGAGUACCGCUUCCGGUGGGGGAGAAGGAGAACACCCUCCUUCAUUUCACUGUGACUGUUUCAGCUGUUACAUGAGCUACUGGGCACGUUGGGACUCUUCACCUAACCGUCAACUCAUACACGAGAUCAUCGAAGCUUACGAAGACGGCUUGUCUCAGAAGAAGACCACAUCGAGUACUGCCACACCCAACAUGAAUAAGAAGGAGAGGAGGAGAGCUCGGGGCAUGCCGAGGGGAGAGGAGAGUUCCGGGGAGAACCCGCGGCGGCGAAUCGAGCUCGGUGGAUCGGAGUCCGCGGAAGUGACGAGGAGUUGCACUGAUCAGGGGAAGGUGGGUGAAGGAGAUGACGAUGGUUCGGUGAGGAAGAUUGUGAAUUUCAUUGGAGAGAAGCUUUGGGGGACUGUUUGGGGCAAAUGAAAAUUUCUAGUUUUCUGUUUUUAUUUAUUUAUUUAUUUUUAUGGUUUUAUAGAUAGAUUCCACCAAGUUUCAAAUAAUUUUCUUUUUCUUCCUUUUUUCUUCCAGAAAAGAUGUGUUUGAUAUUGAA